ACUAUAAAAACCCAAGAGCGUUAAGAACAGAACGAAGCCACGCAUGAUAAUAACAAUACCCUUCUUCGUUUCUUCCCUCUCCACUCGGCACUCACAAUUCUCAACCCAACCACCCCCUAUUAACCCUCACCGCAAUCUCUGAUUCGAUCUUCUUCAAUUUCGGGGUUUCCCAUAUACCACAAGGCAUAGGCCUGUGUGAAUUUGCGAUAUGCUGGGUAAUUGUCGCCAAGACCCAAUCUCUUGGGUACUCCUUUACCAACCCCCACCGCCGCAUUAAUUGUUUUUCUAUUGGAAUCGGACAAAGGUUCCACUGCGACUGAAACUUUCAAAGGCCAAAAAAUGCUCGAUUCGGUCCUUCUGGCGCUUUUCUUGCCGUGCCUUGGCAUGAGCGGGGUUUUUAUCGUCUACAUGUGCCUUCUUUGGUACGCCACCACCCGGCACCACCAGCAACCCCCCAUCGACGGGCAACCGGUGAAGCCCGUCGCUGACAAGGGUCUAUCCGCUCUGGAGUUGGAGAAGCUUCCAAGAGUCACCGGCAAAGAACUCGUCUUGGGCAACGAAUGCGCCGUCUGCCUCGACGAGAUCGAGAGCGAGCAACCGGCUAGACUGGUCCCCGGUUGCAACCAUGGUUUUCAUGUCCAUUGCGCUGACACCUGGCUCUCCAAGCACCCUCUUUGCCCCGUUUGCAGGACCAAGCUGGACCCUCAAAUCUUCACUUCCCAAAGCCCUUGCUGAACAAUGAAACAUUCGUUAUUCAAGGAAUGAAUGAGGGAGGCCAAAUUCUUAAUUAUCUUUAUUGUUUUCUUUCUUAGCGUUCUUUCUAGUUUUCUAGAACUCCCGUUACUUAUUUUUAAUUUAUUAUUAUUAUAUUUAUAUUUAUGUGUCGUGUAUUGUGGUUAAGUGGUUGUUGUGUGUUAUGGCCUAGAUGAAUUUAGCUUUAGUACACGAAAAAUCAGAAGCCAUGGUUUAAUUUAUAUAUUAUGUGGUUUGGACUUUGGAGAUGUAAUUGUGAAGCUUAUUUGAAUUUUUCGCUUUGUUUCGUAAAGUAUUGCUUGUUGCACGUAAAGAAGGUACGAAUGGAGGAGAAGACAAAGGAGUGGGGAAUUGACGCUAUCACGUAAAUCCCAGACACGUAGGUGAGGGAUGGUUGAAGCAAGUGCGGGUCGUGAACUGAACGUUGGUUACGUUUGCUUUUUCCAUGGGGAGUCACAGAGUGCGCAUGGUGAUUUUGAUUUUGAUCUUAUCACCCCAAAACACUAUACAGCUACACGCCAGCUUGGAAUGUUUGAUUUUUAUAGGUUCAUUAAUUUGAAAUUGCAGCUUUAUAUUAAUAUUAAUGCAAUAUAUCAAAAUGAAAGUCUAACUAAA